AUGAAUGCAACACAAAAAUUAAUUAUGCAUAUUCGACGAACUCCAAAUCAUAAUGAUACUAUUGAUAUCAUAGCAUUGGAUAAUUAUGAUGAUACUGACCGACUUAAUCCACUUCGAUUACCCGAAAUAAUAAUUGUUAUUUGUGUAUUAUUAUUAUGGUGUGGUUCAAUUAUUAUUUUUAUUCGUCAUUCAGAAUUAUUACGAAUUCGUCAUCGUGAUUUACCAUUUCGUUCUAUAAUAAAACCAUCGAUAAAUUUAAAUCAUAUUACUACUGUUAAUCAUACAAGUGAUAUGUUUAUUCAUUCGAAAUCACAAAUUUCAUCAGCAAGUGGUUUAACACCACCAAUAAAUCAUCAUAAAAUACAUGGUUAUAAACAUGGUGAAACAAUGGAAACAAUAUCAUUAGCUAUGUCACCAAUAUCUAAAAAACGACGAAAUACACAUUCAUUUGAUUUGAAUACUUUAACAUUAACAAGAUAUUCAUUUGAUAAACAUAAUAAUAAAGAACAUUUACUUAGUCCACAUCGUAUUUCAUUUGAUAUUAGACGUAGUUUACUUGAUUUACAUCGUAAAAGUGUGGAUAAUUUAUAUAGAAAAAGUACUGGUAACUUAUCAUUGAUAAAAAAUUCAACAUGCUAUUCAACAAAUGAUAUAUCAAAAAGAAAAAGUUGUAUUGGUCAUCAAUUAAUUAAGAAACAAAAAAAUACACAAGAAUCACCUGUAUAA